CUUAACUAAAUUGGCUAUGAAAAAAGCAACUACCUAUAAAACUAUUCAACAGUAUUCUUAUCUAAGAAUAGGUCAACAAAUUUGUUAUUCUCACUAUAUGUCCAUUGUUGAAAAUUUUCAAGAAUGGACUUAUAGGCGUGAAGACAUACCUAUCCCGCGUUUAUCAAUUAAUAAAUUGUCACUUGAAGAUUGGAUUAAAAAAAUGACAACCGUUCUAUAUAAAAAAAGAAAUAAUGGCCUUAUACUUGACCCAAAAGAGUUUGAUAAAAUGCUUGUUGCUGCGGACUUGAUUUAA